GUCAUACAUCAAACGUCUUGAUCCCACACACAACCACGGACUACGCUUAGCAACUGGCGCAUACAGGACCUCCCCAAUAGAAAGCCUGUAUGCCGAGAGUAACGAACCCUGUUUGGAGCACCGAAGAGCUUUGCUCACAAUCUCAUACGUGCUUAGAAUCACAGCUCUACCCAAUCAUAUAUGCCACACUAUUGCUACCUACACCACAAACAGAAUACACUAUGCCAACAAACCACACAGCGUGAGACCACUUAUCCUUCGAUUUGAAGAUAUGUGCCAAAACUACAAUAUUCCGAGCGAGGCUCUCAAGGUCGCCGAAACACCGAAUAGACUGCCCCCGUGGUAUGAUUUCGCACAUUUUUGUGAUUUUACUCUGACAUGCCACAAGAAAAAAGAAACACCGCUUGAACACAUAAGGCAAGAUUUUUCACAAUUACAAGAAAAAUACAAUGACUACACCGAGUUCUACACUGACGGUUCCAAGACAAAGCAACAUGUUGGAAGCGCAGUCGUAUCGGAACACUGGGAACACUGUCUUAGGUUACCACAGUUUGCUUCGGUUUUCACAGCCGAAGUAUAUGCCCUGCUCAUGGCCUUAGAAAAAAUAGUUACAGUAGAGUAUAAAAAAGCAGUUGUCUACACAGAUUCCCUCAGUUUACUUAAUUCCCUCCAUAGAAAAUCAGAGUGCGAACCCUUUCUCGGCUACAUCUUGAAAACGCUCGGCAAAAGUGAAAAACAUGGUCAAGUAAUUCGUCUCUGCUGGAUUCCAAGCCACAUGGGAAUCCCGGGAAAUGAAAAGGCGGACAAAUGCGCAGCAAUGGCUGGCCGUGAAAAAAUUACAGAGAUAAAUCUUCCAUUCAAGGACUGUGUCCGGGUGGUCCGUGCUGCGAUCACCUCAAAGUGGCAACAGGAUUGGGGCUGUCAAGAAAAUAACAAGCUACAAAUAGUAAAGCCCAUACUGCAGGAGUGGAAGACAUCAUACCACCAGGAACGGUUCAUGGAAGUCAUUCUAUGUCGCGUUCGCAUCGGACACACACAUCUCACGCAUAACUUUUUAUUGAAAAAUGAAGAACAAGCGGUCUGUGACCAAUGCCAAGAAUUGCUAACUGUGAAUCACAUUUUAAUAACAUGUCCGGCGUUGGAGGAAAAAAGACAGAAAUAUUUUUAUGAAUUUUACAAAACACUAACACCACUUCAUCCCUCCCUGAUCCUAGCUGAAAAUGCACUUGUAUCUCUAGACAAUGUUUUUAAGUUUUUAGAUGAAACAGGUUUCUUAAACAAAUUUUAACUAAUGAUCUUUGUUGCUUGAAGCACUUUCAUCAAAUUAUAUAUUUUUUCAUCCUGUGCAUGGCGCAUCAUAGCCUUAGUUGCUUUUGCGCCAUAAAACCUUA